GGCACCGCCCACAUCCCUGCCCCAGCUGCCAAGCGGGUAGAACUGGCUGGGGCGAAAGUUGGGGGCUCCUGAGUCCGCGGCUAGGACCAUGGAGUCAGGCCCCGCCGCAUCCCCUGGACCGUCCCGCUCCUUCAAGGAGGAGCUGCUCUGCGCGGUUUGCUACGACCCCUUCCGCGACGCCGUGACUCUGCGCUGCGGCCACAACUUCUGCGCGGGGGGCGGGGACGACCGCGGGUGCGUGAGCCGUUGCUGGGAGGUGCAGACGGCGCCCACCUGCCCAGUGUGCAAGGACCGCGCGUCGCCGGCCGACCUGCGCACCAACCACACCCUCAACAACCUGGUGGAGAAGCUGCUGCGUGAGGAGGCAGAGGGCGCGCGCUGGGCGGGCCACCGCUCCCCACGCCUCUGCCGCCUGCACCGCGGCCAGCUCAGCCUCUUCUGCCUCGACGACAAGGAGAUGCUGUGUUGCUCCUGUCAGGCUGACCCUCGGCACCAGGGUCACCGCGUGCAGCCGGCGAAGGACACGGCCCACGACUUUCGGGCCAAGUGCAGGAACAUGGAGCACUCGCUGCGGGAGAAAGCCAAGGCCUUCUGGGCCAUGCGACGCUCCUAUGAGGCCAUUGCCAAGCACAAUCAGGUGGAGGCCACCUGGCUGGAAGGUCGCAUCAGGCAAGAGUUUGAUAAGCUUCGUGAGUUCUUGAGAGUGGAAGAGCAAGCUAUUCUCGAUGCCAUGGCUGAGGAGGUGAGGCAGAAGCAGCUUCUGGCUGAGGAAAAGAUGAAGCAACUCACAGAAGAGACAGAGGCUCUUGCCCAUGAGAUUGAGCGGCUACAGAUGGAGAUGAAGGAAGAUGAUGUUUCUUUUCUCAUGAAACAUAAGAGCCGAAAACGCCGACUUUUCUGCACCAUGGAGCCAGAGCCCGUCCAACCUGGCAUGCUCAUUGAGGUCUGCAAAUACCUGGACUCCCUGCAGUUCCGUGUCUGGAAGAAGAUGGUCAUGUGUGUUGAAUCUGUGCCCUUCAGCUUCGAUCCCAACUCUGCAGCAGGCUGGCUGUCUGUUUCUGAUGACCUCACCAGUGUCACCAACCACGGUUACCGCAUGCAGGUGGAGAACCCGGAACGCUUCUCUUCGGCACCUUGUCUGCUGGGCUCAUGCGUCUUCUCGCAAGGCUCCCAUGUCUGGGAGGUGGUCCUGGGGGGACUGCAGAGCUGGCGGGUGGGUGUGGUGAGGGUGCGACAGGAUGCAGGCGCCGAGGGCCACUCACACAGCUGCUACCACGACACGCGCUCGGGCUUCUGGUACUUGUGCCGCACACAGGGGGUAGAUGGGGAUCAGUGCAUGACCUCCGACCCAGCCACGGCACCUCUGGUGUUGCCUGUGCCACGCCGCCUGCGUGUGGAGCUGGAGUGUGAGGAGGGUGAGCUCUCUUUCUACGAUGCCGAGCGCCACUGCCACCUGUACACCUUCCACGCUCGCUUCGGGGAGGUGCGGCCCUACUUCUAUCUAGGGGGUGCACGGGGUGAUGGGCCUCCCGAGGCUUUGUGCAUCUGCCCCCUGCGCAUCACCAUCAAGGAAGAGCUGGACAGCUGAGCCCUUCCGAUGCCUGUCAGGCCAGCCUAGUGCACCAUGGGCCAGUCUUUCUGCCUCUUUCCAGAGCCCACACUCACCUGGGCGCACUCUCCCCCUGCCUCCUUGGCAGGGCUUCUCCCUUGUCCUUUUCCCUGACUGCAAACCUCAAUCCUCUUCCUUCAUUUUCUGUCCCUUUUCUGUCCUGUUAGAAGCUAUCCAGGAGGCCUCUCUCUGGGUUCAGGCUCUCCCCAAUAUCACACCUUCAGGAUGUGAAUUUUUCGAAUCCUCAUUCCAGGAUUUCGGGGGAUUAAUGAUUGCUUCUUGGGAUGGGCCUGUUUUGAAAUAUAGGUUUUAUUAUCAGCCAGGUGUGGUGAGGCUAACCCAGGCGGGAGAUGACUGCCAUUGGGAAGAUGGCUUAUUACUUAGAGUUUCCAAGAGGAUGGGGCAGGCCACGCCAGGGUGGGGGUACAGGGAAAGCACCAGAUGGUGGGGUGGCAGAAGGGAGGGAGCGUGGGCCUGAGACUUUACUGUGGUUUCCUUAGGAAGGAAUGGCCGAGGCAGAGCAAGCCGGUAGCCAGUUUAGGAUUACCUAGUGUGAACAGUCACAGCGGCUCUGAGAUGUAGGGGCACCCCUCGUUGUUGAUGCCUGGCCUGGAGGUGAGGACAGGAGCACACCGCCCUGGAGAGGGAGGGCCCUGAGGGAGCCUGAUAGAGGAGGCAGUUAGGGGGACAUCCUGGAUGGGUUGGUUUCUGUGGGAAAGUCUCACUUCUGGGUGACUUGUGUACCCGACUUCUAUCACUAGGAAUUGGCUGGUCUCAGAGAGGCAGGCUGCAAAGUCAGUGAGGUCCCAGACCCACAGAUAUGGUAAAUAAGAAAAUAGUUACCAUAGGACGACUGCCCCGGCUUUGGGACAGGACCCGUGACCAUACUCCACAGAUCCUUCCUGGGGUUUCUUGGAGUGGGUGGCCAGGCUGCCCCCCUCCAUCAGAUCAAGAAAAGAGAAAGGAUGGAAAGGGGUGCUUUCCAGUUAGGAAGAAGGGAGAGGGAUGGAGUCUAGGGGCAGCACCAGGGUUGUGGCCUCAGGUGCUUUGAGAGAGCGCCGAGAGGGAAGUGCCGGCCCUAGACCCUUGCAGCCCUCUUGUCCUUGCUGCCCUGGAUCUGCUGAUUAUCCACCUGCCACUGACGUGUUCAUCCCCAGUUUCACCUUCUGCUGUACCUGCAGAUUCAUGUUUCUGUUUCUGCCACAGUGCACAUGUGCUCAGCAGAGAGACACAGAGAGGGAGCAAGUACUCCCCAUGGGGAAUGGCCACACCGCAGCCCCUUCUCCUCCUUUUCUCCAUCCUGUCUGGAUUUGGGACACGUAUGAGCACAUUUUUCUUUUAAGCCGCCAGUGCUGGUCUUUGAACUGAUCAAUUGGCCAGGUGGGAUCUGGCUCCCAUGCCACUGGACCAUAGAGCCAGCUGCAAAUAGUUUAAUUUUUUUAAUUUUAGAGGUUUCUGCCAUAGAAUGCAUGCACUUACUGGAGAGAGACAGAGACAGAGAGAGGGAAAGUGAGACA